CCUGCUUAUAUUUCAGACUCAAAAUGGGUCGCAGGCCUGCUAGAUGUUAUCGUUAUUGCAAGAACAAGCCAUACCCCAAGUCUAGGUUUAACAGGGGUGUGCCCGAUCCUAAGAUCCGUAUCUUCGAUCUUGGACGUAAGAAGGCUGGAGUUGAUGAGUUCCCUCUGUCCGUUCACUUGGUUUCUGACGAGCUGGAACAGCUGUCCUCCGAAGCUAUGGAGGCUGCUAGGAUUUGCUGCAACAAGUAUCUUGUGAAGAACUGCGGAAAGGACAUGUUCCACAUUAGGGUUCGAGUCCAUCCCUUCCACGUUCUCCGAAUUAACAAAAUGUUGUCGUGCGCUGGAGCUGAUAGGCUCCAGACCGGGAUGAGAGGAGCUUUCGGUAAGGCUCACGGUACCGUUGCUAGGGUUGCCAUUGGUCAAAUCCUUCUGUCUGUCCGUUCCACUGAUAAGCACAAGGAUGCCGUUGUCGAAGCCCUUCGUAGAUCCAAGUUCAAGUUCCCCGGACGUCAAAAGAUUUACAUCAGCAAGAAGUGGGGCUUCACCAAGUGGGACAGGUGUGAUUACGAUCAGAUGAAGGCUGACGGAAGGAUCAUCAACGAUGGUGUGAACGUUAAGUAUCUACCUGAACACGGACCCCUCGCUGCCUGGUGCAAGGUUCAGGCCUCCCUCGCCGGUGUUUAAAUCUCCAGGUGUACCUGGGAGCAGGAGAUCCUCUAACAUCUGGGAUAUAUACCUAGCUACUGCUGCUUGUUUAUCUUUAACGAUAGAAUAAAAACUUUACAAAAUUU